AUGCACCCUUGUCCCCCAGCCCCUCGCAGCCCAAACCCGGUGCAUCCCCCCCUUCCUGGGCUGCACGGCCCCAAAACCCUGUGCCCGCAGGAGACGGGCAACGCGCAGGUUCUCUUCAUGCACCUGGACCUGGCCAGCCUGAGCUCGGUGCGCGCCUUCGCCGAGGCCGUCCUGCGCCAGGAGCCGGAGCUCCAGCAGCUCCUCAACAACGCGGCGUGCGGCGCGCUGGCCGCCUUCCAGGCCUACUGCGACAGCAAGCUGGCCAACGUGCUGCACGCCCGCGAGCUGGCCAGGCGCCUGCGGGGCACCGGCGUGACGUGCUAUGCUGUGCACCCAGGUACGGCCCUGCAGACGGGCAUGGCGGGAGGGGACGCGCGCUGCGGGUCCCUUGGCACCGUGUGUCCCUUUGCACUGGGCAUCCCUUUGCAUGGGUACCGCGACGCCGCCGCGGGCGCCGAGACGCCGCUGUUCUGCGCCACGCGGGAGGGCAUCGAGCGCUUCAGCGGGGGCUACUUCUCCGACUGCCGCCCGCGGGAGCCGUGGCGCCCGGGCGGCGACGACGAGCUGGCGCGCGCGCUCUGGGAGGCCAGCGAGCUGCUCGUGGGGCUGCCGCCCAAAUAA